UUUCUAGAUCGGCUAGCCGUGGUGCUUUGUCGGUUCACUCUCCCUCUAAAACUCUCUCUCUACAUCUCUUUCUCUCUCUACGUUCAGUCCUCGUCCAAAUUCAUUCAUAGACACUUCACUGCCGCUCACUUCAACAAUCUCUCUCUCUUUCUCUUGUUCAUUUCUAUUCAGGAAAUACUUUGGUCUACUGUGCUCUAUAGCUCUGAUUUACUCUGUUUUUCUGUGUCUUUCGUUGUUUUGGCAGAGAUUUGGUUCGAUCUCUCUGAGUAUGCUGUGUUCUGAUCCCAAUAAGUCUGCUCUUAUUAGGGUUUGAUUGGGUUAUUCAAGUCAUUCGGUGUCUGUUUUGAGCACUCGAGCUAUCGAUUUAUUCCGUGUUUGUUUCAGAUCUCCCAAAUAGUUGAUCGACAUGGUGGAUCCAAGUGAUAAGGGAUCAGAAUCUGAAGAAAUGAGUAGCAAAACCUCAGAUAGGGUUUCAUCAGAUGGAAGCAAUGUGAAGACCUGUGCUGAUUGUGGUACCACCAAAACCCCUCUCUGGAGAGGUGGCCCAGCUGGUCCCAAGUCACUGUGCAAUGCGUGUGGGAUCAGAAGCAGGAAGAAGAGAAGGGCACUUCUGGGUCUGAACAGAGGAGCUGCAGAGGAGAAGAAAUCGAAGAAAAGCGCCGCCAAAAACAACCACCACCACCACCACCACCACCACCACAGAAGUGGCAAUGGAAAUAACCCUAAAUUGGGCGAUACGUUGAAGGGGAAGUUGUGGGCGUUAGGGAAAGAGGUGGUGUUGCAGAGAUCAAAAGUGGUGGGGAAGCAGAGGAGGAAGCUGGGAGAGGAAGAACAAGCCGCCGUACUGUUGAUGGCUCUUUCUUGUGGCUCAUUCUAUGCUUAGAGUUAGUGGAGAGUGUUAGUAAUAUUAGUAUCCAGAUUAUUAGUGGAUUAGUGUUAGUAAAAAUGAAAAUGACGAUUAUGUAUUUGUUGUCAUCACUUCUUCAAAAUUACCUACCAGUGCCUAUGCCUUUUUCUGAGUGAAUUUUGUGUCUUCUUUCAGAAUUAAGUUAUGUGUUGGAUUAGUUCAUUAUCAUUAUUAUCAUUAUUAUGGUCUUCUAACUAUUAGUAUUAUUAUUGUGAGUCUCUUGAAGAAAGACAAAAAUAGCAAGAGGAAUGUAAGAAUACGAGAUCAAUUAUAAUUCUUUAUUUUUCAGUA